AUGGGUUCCAAGUUCAAGAAGCUCAGCGCAGAUCUGAGAAAGAGGAUGGUUCCAGGAACCAACAAGGCUCCUGGAAAAACAGUGUCAAUGUCUACAAUCAAACAAACUGGUGCUAAAACCUCCCACAUUUAUUCCAUUUGCUUUGAAGUAGAAUUUCAAUUCUUGGACACCAUCAAACAAAUUGACAUCAUUCAGCGGCUGAGUUUUAACAGACGGCCCAGGGCCACACCAGUCUCUGAACCACAGUGUGGGACUAACCCUUCCCACUGUGCCACCUCUGGGACAUUUGUGAGCAACAAUGAAACUAGGAAUUCUGUUAUCACCUCCUGUUCCACCUCUUCUGCUAUUAGCAGAAGAAAACCUCCACUUCCUCCCCCCCAUUCCUCAUCUAAAUCCACCUUUGAAGGUUUUGAGCAUCAUGAUAUCCUGCGUGUUUGUCAGAAUAGUUCAGAUAGUAAGCCUUCUCUAAUGACACAGCAAUCCACUUCUGCUAAGCUGAAUCCUUUGGUGGACAGGACCUUGGUAGAGACUCAAAAGCAUUUAGAGCAAGACAAGUGCUCUUCUCAGACAGUGAUUCCAGAGAUAUACCCACGGCGCAGGCUAGCUAGUUUUGCUGGUGUAGGCGCCAGUGCUUUUAACUACACACAGUCGCAGGAAAACCCUAAAGGCUCUAAGCUAACAGUUUCUGAUCAGACUUCAUCAGGAAACAGCUCUUUGAAAACCAUCCCCAAGAGCUCUGGCAGGGCCACACCCGUGGCUACUGUUAGUCCACUGGACCUUCAUUUGGUAAGAGACCAAAUGAUACUGGCUCUAGAAAGGCUAAAAGAGAUGGAGGAGCAAGUAAAGAUCAUACCUGUGCUGCAAGUCAAAAUUUCGGUCUUGAAGGAAGAAAAGAAUCAGCUUAGUGCAUUGGUAAAAAAUCUAGAGACUCAAAAUUUACAUUGCAAGUUAUAUCCAGAUUUGCAAGGUUUAACCAGCAAAAAAGCAUAUAGCACAGAAAGUACUAUGAACUAUUCCAAACUGGAAAAUGAAGAUGAUGGCCACAAGGAACCUUCCAAAAUGAUAGACAGUUGGGAACAUAACACAUUGUCUGAUUUGACUGUGAUUGAUAAUGAGAAUAUUAGUGGGGAGUUUAUGCAUUCAAGAAGCUGUAGAGAUGUUGCUACAGAAAUUAAGCUUGAUGCACGGUCAGUAAAAGUUGGUGUUACUGAAGCUAUGCUGGGUGUGGUGUCGGACACAGAGUUGGAGCUUGAAAUACAACAACAAACUAUUCAAGUUUUGAGGGACAAGGUACAAACACUGGAGAUGGAGCUUAAAGAGGCAUUACUAAAAGCAGAAUUGGGCAGACUGAAGAGUGAGCUACAGGAAGCUGAGGGCCAUACUCAUGCUGCCAGGAAUUACAGUGCACGACCAGAGAUGCAAAGCAUUGCAACUCAGACAGGAAUGCCGACAAGAACAGUUGGUAUUGGAAAUCAUAUUCAGCUUGUACAGGUGGCUGUUGGGGAAGAGGCAUUGCUAACUUUUAACAGUGUAGGAGUGACCUGCCAGCCAGAGACAAGUGAUGUAGCCUCCGGCCCAGACACACCAUUUGAGUUGUGGGAGAUACGGAAGAAGGUUCAAAAGAGGGAUCAAUGUGUAGGAACACAAUAUGUGGAAACUUGCAGUCAAGGUGUUGGCACAUCUGUGAGUGUUUGUAAUGCAGGUAUUAUGACAACCAAUGAAUUGAUGGAGACUCUGGAGAAAAAGAAGGUAUCCAGUAGAACAGUAGGCUGUGGUGAUUGCACCAUAGAUUCAAAUGUCAACAUGGUCAAGCCUCUUGUUUCCCAGUGCACCAACACUGAUGUCCAUACAGUUUCCCGCUACACAAGCACUUCACCAGUCUACACUCCUGAAUCAAGCACCAUCCCAACCAACAUGCAUACAAAGGAAAGACAUACCAAUACUGUCCACAUAGUUACUCAAACACUUGCAGUCGGUGAUGGUAAAGUUAUCGAUCAACAAGUGCCUGGGAAAAUGCGCUCUAUUGCAGUGGGGACUCCUGUAUAUCUCAAGGAAGAAACAGUCACUCCGUUUACCCCCAAAGUUAUAACUCGUGAUACUGGUGUUGGAGUGAUUAACAUUAAUGACAAUUUCUUGGUUGGGCUUCGGACACGAAACAUGGCAUGUGGUCCCUCCCGCUUACCGGAUCCUAACAAGACCCGGAGCAUCGGGGUCGAGGUGGGUGAUGGGAGGAUACGGGAUUUGGACGGGCACAUGUGUAUGCCUGUUCAUUUACUACAGGCAAAUUUAGAUGCACAUAUGGAGCCUGGACUGGAUCACUACAUAGAACGAAUGCAGAGGCUGCUAAAAGAGCAACAGUGUCUGCUAACUAGCAGCAAUUUUAAACCAAAGGAUGAGGUUGCUCCACAACAACAGCAUGUAAUGCAUACACAGCAUGAAGUUCCUAGGUAUGGUCCUUCUUCAAAAGCCAAUGAAAGCAUGCAGCUUAUAUCAAAGAAUUCAGUUGGACACGUCAGUGAGGACAAUAACACCAUCAGAUCCAUAGUCACAAUAAAAGACAUGUCUAAGAGACAUGCAGAAAGCAGAAAGACUCCCAAGGCUGUUUCUCCAGGGUUUGAUUGUCUAUCUAUUACUGAAGACUCCUUCUAUGAGUGGACUGAGCAGGAGAAAAAGAAAAAAGUGAAACAGAUAGACACAGGUCGCAGGAUCAGCACAAAACCUUCUAAAAUGGAGACAAGAGAAGGAUAUGAGAUGAGUGACAAGGUGAUUUCUGCCUGUCACAAAUUAAAAGCCCACCUAAAUGACACAAAGGUUUUAUCUAACAGAGAACUGCGUUCCUGCCUGAAUGUGAUCCAGCAAGAGUGGUUCUGUGUGUCCAGUCAGAAGAAAGCAUCUCCAGAGACAGUUGAAAGUUUUCUGAGCACGUGUCGUCAUAUUUCACCUGCUGUUCUGACUCACGUGGCUAACAUGGCUGACGGGAAUGGCAACACAGCUCUGCACUACAGUGUGUCCCAUUCUAACUUCAGAGUGGUGCAGAAACUGCUGAAUGCAGGUGUAUGUAAUGUAAAUCAGCAGAAUAAGGCUGGAUACACUCCUAUCAUGUUGGCUGCUUUGGCUGCUGUGGAAACCAAGGAGGAUAUGAGCGUGGUAGAGACGCUGUUCAGGAAGGGAGACGUCAAUGCCAAGGCCAUUCAGGCUGGUCAGACGGCUCUCAUGCUGGCAGUCAGUCAUGGACGUGCCGACAUGGUGAAAGUUCUCUUAGCUUCAGGGUCAAAGGUCAAUAUUCAGGAUGAUGAGGGGUCUACGGCACUCAUGUGUGCCAGUGAGCACGGCCACAUUGAUAUUGUCCGUCUAUUGCUGGCUCAGCCUAGCUGUGAUGCCACUCUUAGCGACAAUGAUGACAGCACAGCAAUGUCUAUAGCCCUGGAUGCUGGCCACAAUGAGAUUGCCAUGCUCUUGUUUGCUCAUAUAAACCAUGGCAUGGGCCUGUCAUUGGCUAUGUCUCGAAGCUGGACAAAAGCUGAUGCAACUCCAGGUCUUUUUAAUUAAAUAUAUAUUUUUAAAUGCUGUGAUCUGUCAUUGCUAUAAAGUCAAGCUAUAAAGACACUCCCGAUAAAGCAAGUCCUCGAUCACAGUAUUUACAUGUACCCCAAUGAUAGUAUAAUAAUCUGAUUGUUGAACUGACUGUACGUUCAGGUCUAAUAUUGCUGCAUCGUUUUUCCAUUUGCAAAUCUGAUAUUCCUGCAUCAUUAUGUAAUAGACAUGAGAGCGUCUCACUACACCUGUAGUGCAGUAUUUACUGCACCAUAUAUUUAUUAUUUUGCUUUUGAUUUGUGACAGAAAUUAUAUUAAAUUAUUACAGUGGAUUAAAAAAAAAAGUUACAGUUGCAUUUUACAAAAUGUAUAGCUAUUUAAGCAAUAUAACAUGAGACGACUGCAUCAUGGCCAUGCUCAUAUCUAGCAAAACAGGACAUGCUUGAGUGUGAUAUUGCUUUUAUACAACAGUUCUGCAAACACCAUUUAUUAUCAAGAGAUUAUGAUUUGUUUGUUUAUGUAACCAAGUUUUUUUGCCCUGCCAUCACAUAUCCUUCCAUGACCGCCGGAACUAGUGACCGACUGUUAAUAUAUUUAACAGGAAUAAAAGUAGUUUUAAAUUCUUACCGGUAUUACAUAAUAAUAAAGGUUACGGAUAUUCCUGUAAAUCUCAUAAGUUUCUCUUUAUAGUUCUACUUAUUACACUUAUAUCAGCUAGGUUAACUUUUGCACUCCAAAAUUGAAUUAAAAAUGGUUAAAUAGAAAGCUAGUGCGCUAUGUUCGUGUUUAAUUCUUAAGUUCUGUAUGGGUCAGGAAGUGGUUUGGGAAUCAGCAUUGUGUUAGAAGCUCGUUAUCUUUGUAGCUCAACUUAUGUGUAAAUACAACCUAAUGGGGGCAAUUUGGAAUGAGUUAGAACCAAUUAUUAGGGAGCCAGAGUGUUGUUCCAAAGUGCUUCCAUGGCUCUCUCCCCAGACCAUACUGACCUUCUUUCAUCCAUGCUGGCGACUGGGAGUUAGUAUAAGUAAGAUAUUAGAACACCUGUGUGACACAGAGUGAUACAUAUAGUUAAACAUCCUAGUGCUGUUAUCGUCUUAUAUUACUACUUGAAGUCUAGAGACGUCCUCUAGAACAGCCAGAAAACUGCAUGCUCUCUGUAAUUUACUGUAUUUCUGUCAAAUAUUAGUCAAAUAAUUAGAGGAUAUUUCAAGUACAAGCACACAAGCUAGGCAAUGUAAAAUGUUAAGUGACAUUAUGAAAUUAAAAGCUGAGCUUGAACAGCAGCCUUUCUAACUAUAUUUUACUAUAUGAAUAUAUUUCACAAGUCAUUAUAAAUUAUAAUAUUUAGAUUUUUCAAAUUAUGAAUUUUAUGAUGAAGUAGACUAAUGGAUUGAGAUUUUUAUUUGUUUUGUUGCAUGCUUUAUGAGCAAUGUGAUACAAAUGGGUUAUAGCAUUAAUAAAGUUUAAAACUAAUAGGCAAAAAAUGGGGGAAAUACAUAACAAAAGGCUAUAACCCUUAACCAGUUUAUGCAAUGUUUGUGUUAAACUCCUUUAAUCUAAAAUGAACAUCUACAGUUUCAUGAAAUCCUGACUUUUGUAUUUAUAUUUACCGUAGUGGUGUACCGAGGAACAUCUAUGAAAAUUGUCACUGAUGACAUACAGUACAGUGCACACAUUACACAUUAGCAUUGAUCUCUUUUCUGCCUCUUCUGUAGUCACUAUAAAACCUGUCAGAGAUUGUUUGUAUACUGAGGACAGUACAUUACUCAGCUAAUAAAGUAACUCCUCUUUCCCUUUGUAUUUCCAUUUUGCCUGCCUGAUGCUGUUGUUGAGUUUCUGCCCUGAUGCUUUAUGUAGAUCUGUGUAUCACCAAAAAAAAAAAACCUCUUUGCACUUUUUCUGCAAAACAUUGUAUGUGGGUGCGGGCAUUUUCUGUUUCUUUUUGUAGUCUCAAAAUCUAAAUGAUUGCUAUAUGAUAUGAUUUACCCAUUUUUGGCCUUUUCAUUGCCAUGCAUGAUCAUUUGAUUAAUGUAUGUAUAAUGGCGAUCCAAUGUUUCUCUUUAAGAUAACAUGUUAUCUAUCUUUAUCACUUUUUGCAGUUGGAAUAAAUAAAAUGACUGUCAGAGAUUAAAGCAACAUGUUAGUUA